AAACCAUAACUUCAACAAGACCUUCUAUCCCAAGCUCUCAAAAAAUGCCGUUCAAGAGGUACGUGGAGAUCGGGAGAGUGGCUCUGGUUAACUACGGAAAGGACUAUGGGAAGCUCGUUGUCAUUGUCGAUGUCGUUGAUCAAAACAGGGCUCUUGUUGAUGCACCCGAUAUGGUGAGAAGCCAAAUGAACUUUAAGAGACUAACUCUCGCCGAUAUCAAGAUUGAUAUUAAUAGGGUUCCUAAGAAGAAGACCUUGAUUGAUGCUAUGGAGAAAGCUGAUGUGAAGAACAAGUGGGAGAACAGUUCAUGGGGCAGGAAGCUGAUCGUGCAGAAAAGACGGACAUCUCUUAAUGAUUUUGAUAGGUUCAAGCUCAUGUUGGCAAAGAUUAAGAAAGCCGGAAUGGUUAGGCAGGAGCUGGCUAAGCUUAAAAAGGAGACAGCGGCUUAAAGCUUUCUUCCAUUUAGCCCUCCAUUGUUAUACAUUUCAGUUCUUUAUUCAGUUUGAGAUCUUCCAAACCUAGCAAGACUUGAAUUUUUUUGGCAUAGUUGUUAUUCAAUACUUUUGCUAUCAAACACAAAUAGCUGAAAUUGUUUGUU